AUGUCCACCAUGGAUGAUGAAGAUAGGAGUACGCGGCUCCUGGUCUCCACUUGGACGUUGGUUGGUGUGAGUGCCGUACUGCUAUUCCUCCGCGUGUACUGCAAGUUCUGGCGUGGUAGGGGCCUGUGGUGGGAUGACCACAUGUUGAUUGUUUCUUGGGUCACCUUGGCGAUUUCCGUAUCCAUUAAUUCGUACAUCGUGUCCCUUGGGUUCGGCCGCCACAUAUGGACCAUCAGCGAUGAGAACAAGAAGGAGAUCAACCUUUUCACAAUCCUCGUCGCGACCUUCGGAAUCAUUGCAACGACAACGAGCAAAACAUCCUUCGCCCUUACGCUAUAUCGAAUUGUCACGGAAGCAUGGAUGAAGUAUUUCUUGAUCUUCAUCAUCGUAACGAUCAACAUCACGAUGAACCUGGUAUGGAUGUUCGGUUUCGCCAAAUGUACGCCAUUAGAAAAAGUUUGGGAUGGCAGCGUUCCAGGGGUUUGUUGGAACAAGACGCAUCUGGUCAGAUAUCAACUAUUUGCUGCAUACUAUUCCGCCAUUUUGGAUUUCGUAUUGGCCUUCCUUCCAUGGCCGAUUCUCAUGAGAGCGACAAUGCGGCGCCGUGAGAGGUUUGGAGUCGCCGUGGCAAUGAGUUUGGGUGCUAUUGCCGGAGCUUGUGGCAUUGUGAAAGCGGUAUUGGUAGUCAAUAUGACCAGUACAGACAUUACAUACGACCGAGUCGAUCUAACAAUUUGGACUCUUACCGAGCCUGCCGCUUCCAUCAUGGCAGUCUCCAUUCCUGUUCUGAGGAUGUUAUACCGCGAGUUGAAAUCUACUCAGAGAAGUUACGCACGAAGCAAGUCGCAGACGCACGCUCUCGAGACUGGCAAAACGAAAACGAAACGAUACGGACAGGGCACCCAUUACGGCAGAAAUUCUGUGGUAGUCAUGACGACUGCCGGGUGGCAAGAAUCUCAAGAAGCGUUACAGAACGAGGAACGCGGACAAGUUACGCCGCGCGGCAUUAUUAAAACAGAAGAAGUGAGGGUCCAUCAUGAGAAAGCAUCUACGAAUGGCAGUAAAUCCUCCAUAGAACUUGAUACCUUAAGAUGA